CAGGAGACACGGAGGUGUAGCGUGACGUUCACUUCAACGGGGCGCAUGAGAUAAACAUCUAGACUGCUCUAUGUUCGGAAAUUCUGUCUUAAACCUCAGCGGUGUCAUGGAGAUUAUAAUUUCUAGAGAGACCGACAUUCACAUAAAGGUUAAAGACAAAAUCCUUCAGCCCAGCAGCAUCUUCACAACGUACGACCACUGGAAUUGUGUGAUUCGUGACAUCGCCUUUGCUUGAGGAAAAUCACUGGCUCAUUGUAAAGCAUCUCAUUAUCUUCCUCAAGAAGAAUGUUGCAACAGAACAACAACAAUAACCACACCUGCCUGGACAUGGCCCAUAGAGAGCUACUGCAUGAAUGUAGAAGAACCAAUGUCUCAUUCACCAGUGCCCUUGAGUUUGGAGCUAUACCCCUAAUUAAAGGCCUGAGAGCAUGGGCAGUGAAUGGCGGCUACUCCAGAGCCAGAAGAAAGGCUGCUACGGCACCCCGGGCACAGGGCACAUCCCAACAACCACCUGAAAACAGGUUGGGGCAGAGAAGCUGGUCAGGUCAGAUUAGCAGUGCCUAUGGGCAGACACUGGAGAGUACAACUAGUACAAGAACUCCAGGGUUCAGGCAAGGCGGUCUUGGUGCUCUUGUAACUGUGGCCACUUUGAAAGGCAAAGAGGGGGAUGGCAGGCAGACUCAGACACGCUGUCUCUUUCUCAAGGCCCAGGGAAGAGGUAGCUACAUCUGUGCUGUUGGACACGAGGGGGCUGGGAUGAGAGUCACAGUUCCACGGACUCAAAGUGUCAUUCUGGAGGGUACAAAGAAAGAAGUCAGAUGUUCUUCAAAAGGACUAAGUUCAAGCGAGGAUGGGACAGACGAUGGUGGGGUGCUCAAAGUCAAGCCAAGGGCCAUAAGAAAGUGGAGAAAAUGCAGUAAAACGGCAUGCUUGUCUGAGAAAAGAACGACUAAAGUGGACAUCACCAAUCAAUGUUGUGAGCCAGGACAUGAUGACCAUAACAAUUCUGCAAUCUCACAAGUCACCUUAGGGCCAGUUAACAGAACAUCACAUAACACAAUGCGAGAGCAAGUAACACAAUGUGAAACAGAAGAAAACAGUAUGGAAAGAAGCAAUACUACCUCUCAUGGUGUACUUAAAAUGCAAAGUCAGGAAUAUAAGUUGAGCAAAGAUGAAAGGGCUCAUUCACCCACAUCUGUGCAUAUUGUCACACCUGAGAGCACGGACCCACAAUCCUGCUGCUUUUCUCCCAAACCAUGUGCCAAUACAAAUGAGCAGGUUGACGGAUUGGGAAUCAAUCCAUUCAAUAAAUGUUUUAAAAAUUGUGAAGGACCCAACUGUGCCAAUGAUGAUGCACAAAGAGACACUGAGGUCUGUAAAUGUGAAAACAGAAACAUUGUUACUGAUGAGCCAAAAUUAGAAAGAUCAUCUGUAGUAUCUAAGACCUCUGAGACUACCUUUGAUAGUCCAGAAAUAAAACAGACAAUAAACUGUAGUACUGACCCAAGCUUAGGUCACACACUCAUGAGGACAUCCGCUGAAGUCCCUGUAAGCAGCAUUCAGGAGAAUCAUGAGUCCAGGACAAACGAGUGCUUACGGAACUGUGAGAACCAACAUUCUGUGGAGACUGCUGAUCUCACAACACAGAGAUGUGCGAAACCAGACACAACGAUCACAACCAUGCCGGAGGGCUUCACAGGGCAAGUUUACACUCUAGUGAGAGUUGAAUGCAAUUCUUUAGAGAAGAAGUGCAAGUCACCCAUGUGCUCACCUCAGCAAUGGGAAGAAUUAAUCACAGAACAUGGAGAACUUGAAGUUCAUCAGCCUGACAAAUCCUCUUUACGAGGCUUUAGCAUGCCAACAGCCAGUGUAAUUCUAACCACUAUCCUCUCCCUGCCUAAUCGUGCCCCUACCACCACAGAAGGCAUAGCAAUAGCCAUUCCAGCAUUAAGCAAGGGGGAGGUGGGGGCUAGAGGUGGAGACUUGCUGCAACUGGUGAACUCAGAGUUUCUAACAGAGCCGGAAAUUGUUGAUGAGAGGGAAAAUGUGGCCGCAGAUGAGGGGUCUCUUGAUGUGGGUGAGGAGCAGGAAGAGUUUGGGGCUUUCAUGCAGGCAGGUGGAGAGCAGCUCUUGACGGACGGGUUCCAACAGUUGGCUACUGGAGAGGAUUACAAGAUUGGGGGACUUACAAGUUCCACUAAUACAAAUGAACCAACAUUCUGGACAUCUGAUUGGACAACAGAUCAGUCAUUCCUGCAAUCAGAGAGCACAUGGACUGCCUUCAGCCAGGAGCCUGUGAAGCAGAAGAAAGUGCCUGGUGGUCAGUGGUGGCCUACAACUGUGGAAAAGCCAAACCUUUCCCUCUCUCCUCUUUGUGAUGUGUCAAGUGUGUUUCAAGAAGCCUUUUCCUCAGAAAAGCCUUACUGUCAAGAUCCUGAUUACAUUCCUACACUAAAACAGCUUCUGCGAGGACCAGCUGAAAAUGGCAAUACAGAGGAGCCUAGGGAGCAGAACUUACUUGACGGCCUCCAGGAUCUGGACAGGAUGAUUGGUGUCAAAUAUAAGAGGGCGGAGUCUCUGUCUUUCAAACUUCUCCUUCAGUCUUUGCAUUUGGAACGUUCCAGUUCUGAAUGUGUGAGAGUUUGCAUGAAGACCAGUGCCAGGUAUUCUCCAAAUCUCCCAGCAUCCAACCAGCAGUUAGCUGCAAAUGCUAAGAGAAGACUGUCUUAUGACCUCAACAGAAAUAUCAUGACUUAAGUCUCCAUAUCUUCUAAAAAGUCUUUGAGCUAUGCUUCCCUGAAAGUAAAUUCAGAGGAGAGGAAUAAUACAUGUUUAAAAAAUGAACAAUGACUGACUUUCCCUGGACUGUUUAUUUUCAAGGUUGAUUUUAAAGUGUAUUUCUUGUUUCACCGUCUGUACUCACGAUAGUUUCUGUUUUGUUAUUCAGGUGUGUAUCAUGAGACAAAAGACCUAUAUUCAACUAAAUGUAUAUUUUUGAGUUACACUAUUGGGCAUUAAAUUAGAGCAAAUAUACACAACCUAAUGACGAAAAACAAAAUGUCUGCCAAAUUUUUUAUUACAUUUGCAUAAAAAUAUAGUUUCUCCUUUUUGCUAAUCAGAUGAAAAAGUGACUAAGUACAUCUGUGUAUACAGUAACUCCAUCAUUGCUAUGGAUUGUGUUUUUAAGAAUAGGAUAAUUUCGAUAUUUUGAUCAUUUCAUUUUCAUGUCCCCAUCCCGUAUCCCUUCUUUUCCUUCACUUUCCUGUCUACUCUCUAUGACUUAAAUGCUAAAGGCAAGAAGACUGUAAAUAAAAUAAGAAAUUGAUUACUUUCCAGUCUCUGAAAGCUCCUCUUACACCUGAAGACUGUCAAAAGGAAGCACAUUUUCAGAAAAGAUAUUUUAAUACAUGGCAAAGCAGUCACCUCUAAGUGACAUCCAUUUCCUUUUUGUGCUUGAAGUGCUGAAUAUGAAACUACUGUAACAUAUACAAAUGUUUUCUAAUGAUUCAAGUGUUUUAAAAUGAAUGUUAACAUUUUAAAUUGAGCCUGUAAGCUAAUGUCG